GCCGGCGCCGGUGCGGCGCGGGCGCGGGGACCCGGCGCGAUGUCCGUGCCGCUGCUGAAGAUCGGGGUUGUGCUGAGCACCAUGGCCAUGAUCACCAACUGGAUGUCCCAGACGCUGCCCUCGCUGGCGGGGCUCAACACCACCCGGCUGUCGGCCGCCCGCGGCGGGACGCUGGACCGCAGCACCGGCGUGCUGCCCACCAGCCCCGAGGAGAGCUGGCAGGUGUACAGCUCUGCCCAGGACAGCGAAGGCAGGUGCAUCUGCACGGUGGUGGCUCCCCAGCAGACCAUGUGCUCACGGGACGCCCGCACCAAGCAGCUGAGGCAGCUGCUGGAGAAGGUGCAGAACAUGUCGCAGUCCAUAGAGGUGUUGGACAGGCGGACGCAGAGAGACCUGCAGUACGUGGAGAAGAUGGAGAACCAGAUGAAGGGGCUGGAGUCCAAGUUCAAGCAGGUGGAGGAGAGCCACAAGCAGCACCUGGCCAGGCAGUUCAAGGCGAUUAAAGCGAAAAUGGAUGAACUUAGGCCUUUGAUCCCUGUGUUGGAAGAGUACAAGGCCGAUGCCAAAUUGGUAUUGCAGUUUAAGGAGGAGGUCCAGAAUCUGACGUCAGUGCUAAACGAGCUGCAAGAGGAGAUUGGCGCCUUUGACUACGAUGAGCUGCAGAACAGAGUGUCCAGUCUUGAAGACAGGCUGCGUGCAUGCAUGCAAAAACUAGCCUGCGGCAAGCUGACCGGCAUCAGUGACCCCGUGACGGUCAAGACUUCCGGCUCGAGGUUCGGGUCCUGGAUGACCGACCCCCUGGCCCCAGAAGGUGACAACAGGGUCUGGUACAUGGACGGCUACCACAACAACCGCUUCGUCCGCGAGUACAAGUCCAUGGCCGACUUCAUGAACACGGACAACUUCACGUCCCACCGGCUGCCGCACCCCUGGUCCGGCACGGGGCAGGUGGUGUACAACGGCUCCAUCUACUUCAACAAGUUCCAGAGCCACAUCAUCAUCCGCUUCGACCUGAGGGCCGAGGCCAUCCUCAAGACGCGCAGCCUGGACUACGCCGGCUACAACAACAUGUACCACUACGCCUGGGGUGGCCACUCGGACAUCGACCUCAUGGUGGACGAGAGCGGGCUGUGGGCCGUGUACGCCACCAACCAGAACGCCGGCAACAUCGUCAUCAGCAAGCUGGACCCCGUGUCCCUGCAGGUGCUGCAGACCUGGAACACCAGCUACCCCAAGCGCAGCGCCGGCGAGGCCUUCAUCAUCUGCGGGACCCUCUACGUCACCAACGGCUACUCGGGGGGCACCAAGGUGCACUAUGCCUACCAGACCAACGCCUCCACCUACGAGUACAUCGACAUCCCCUUCCAGAACAAAUAUUCCCACAUCUCCAUGUUGGACUACAACCCCAAGGACCGCGCGCUGUACGCCUGGAACAACGGCCACCAGAUCCUGUACAACGUCACCCUCUUCCAUGUCAUCCGCUCUGAUGAGCUGUAGCCCCGCCCCCGCCCGCCAGGCCCCGCCCCCCGGAGGAUUCCCUCCCGGGAGCUCCAGGUGGGCGAGGCCGCUCCCUGGGCCCCCGGGGCCAGGGCUUGAGGGGGCAGAGCCCUGUCAUUGCAGCUGGAACUGCAGCCGCAGGCGCCCCGGCUCUCCUGCCCGCGUGCCCGCCCGGUCACUCACACGCUACAGAAGCAAGGCGGCGACUGUUGGCCCCCGCGAGGCCCGCAUGGACGCUCCCCGGGGCCGGGGCCGGGGCAGGCUCCGGCGGUGGGCGUGGCGGCGGAGGCCGGCUGGACUGGUGGCCCGCGGUGGCCGCCGCCGCCUCCCGCCCCUGUGUCCUCUCUUAGAGUAGCCGUGCCCAGGCGCCCAGUAGCUCGUGGAUCGUGUGUAGUGCUCCCAGAAGCGGCGGCCGGGGGGUGUCCUCCCAGCCCGCCCACCCCGUAGAUGUGUCGUGCGCGUCCGUCCGUGAGCCCCUCCCGGGGCCAUCCGUCCAGUCCCUGCCAUGAGUGUUGUGACUGCAAUGCCGUAGUUCAGGUUGGUACGUGGGUGGUUUUUGUUUCUAAAAAAAAAGUGUUCGCCCUUAUAGAGACGUAGUCGAGUUCGAGUUCGUGUUGCUAAUAAUCUAAGGAAUCUCUCGUUCAGGUAGCCGAGUCCUGUACGCUGGAGGCGCGUGUCUGAGGGAACUCGGGUGGCUAGGAUGCUUUAUAGGUGAAAAAAAAGAGGAACCUUUGUACUCUCCAGUUACCUGCGGGACAAUAAAAACAUUAGGAGACGUC